UUACGAUGGCAACAUGUCCGGAUCUUAAAGAUCCUGACAAUGCAGUGAACGACCCCGGCGCUGCUCCUUACGGGAACUUUAUAAACUAUUACAGCUUUAACCCUCCGGAGAACCGCUUGAGUCUCAUCCCAGCGACGCUCCUGCGGGAUUUAGGCUACAGGGACGGAGGGGACGAGCCCACGCUCAUCCUGGACGUGGGAUGUAACUCCGGGGACCUGAGUGUGGCCGUCUACAAGCAUCUUGUCCAGGAACCAGAGAAGAGCACAGUUCAGCUUCUGGGGUUUGACUUGGAUGAAACACUUGUUGAGCGCGCAGAGCAGACCAACCCUCUCCACAGCAACAUCUCCUUCAUCCAGCUGGACAUCACAGAGGAAACCAACCGGCUGCAAGACUUCCUCAAACAGCACAGCUGCUCCCACUUCCACCUGUGUCUGUGCCUGGCCGUCACCAUGUGGGUCCAUCUGAACCACGGAGACUCGGUCCUCCUGCAGCUGCUGUCUCGCCUCGCCGCCAUCAGCAGCCACCUCCUGCUGGAGGCUCAGCCCUGGAAGUGUUACCGCUCUGCAGCUCGGCGCCUCAGGAAGCUGGGCCGCUCGGACUUUGAUCACUUCAAGACCCUGAAGAUCCGUGGCGAUGUUGCAGAACACGCCACGGAGCAUUUAGAGAGACACUGCGGCAUGGAGCUCAUGCAGAGCUUUGGCAGCACCGCAUGGGACCGGAAGCUGCUGCUUUUUAGACGGAGAUGAGUUUUAUGGAUUUUUUUAUGGCUUUUAAAACCCCAGUUUGAGAUGUAAACAAAACCAAGGUUAACAGUUCCCACCUUACGUGCAACAAAUUAUAUGUAAUUUAACAGGAAAAAAACAAAACAAUAUUAUUGGGGAACAAUGAAAACAUGUGGUAUAAGUGUACCAUGUCAUUUAUGAUGGGAGGAAGCAAUGCAGAAUUACUCACUACAAUCACGUGACUCUGACUCCAAAUAAAUUUCUGCUGUUCUAUUUUCUUCCAAACCCUUACACUGAUUUUAUUAUUAAGAAGUAUCUGCCAGAGGAUAUGAAUAAAUAAUUUCAACAGUAUAAGUUAAAAAUAGAACACAGUAAAAACCUUUAAAAAAAAAAAAACAUUUGGAAAAUGUUUAUUUCCAAAAUACUUUGUUCAUCCCAAGA